AUGGUCACUGGAGUGGAUGGUAUGGAGCCAUAUGCCGCUGGCACUGAGUUUGUGGGCGGAUUGUGCAGAGAUAACCAAUUGAAAGCUAAGGCCGCGGCCAAGCCAGCCAACGGAAACGUGAAUGUGAUGGAAGCUACCCCGAUGGAGCCGAAUGGCACGGGUGAAUCAGGGUGCGACUAUGGAACGCAACAAAGUUUCGACCAAAGGAAAGGCCAACAAGAAGGCGCCACCCAUGGCGAAGUCAACGGUGAGCAAUCUCUGCCCGAUGCGUGGAGCCAAGCCCGCCGCGAGUUGUUGCAACGCAUUCAAUUGGACUAUCCAAGUGGUUCGGAGGAAAAAACCAAGGAUGACCCCAACGUGGCCAGCCGACUUCUACUGUUCUACAUUAGGCAGUAUGGGAUUGGCGGAGUUGCGAUGUAUGCAGACCGCAUCGCAGCCUCAUUGCACCUGGCAGUGGAUCAAGAGCUGUAUCAACCACCCAAGCGUCCGGCCCCCGAUGCCAGCAUAAACGUCGCCAAGCGUACGAAACGUGCGUUGAGCAGGAGGACGCAUCGGAGCCAAAACAAACAAGCUGUGUUGGAUGGGCAAAGGUUGUACCGAGAGAAACAGCGCGUCGUGAAAGAAAAGAUUGCCGUCUCUGCUGCGAAGAAGAAGGAGUACCGGCAAACCAAGCGUGCGAAGAAAUCUCAAAUGCGUCAAGCUGAUGAACAACCGCAGGUGGAAGACUUCCUGAUGGAGUUUGUGCCCGCUCAGCAUCCGAUCAUACCAGAAGGACCGGUGCUGAGCCGUGGAGAGAUGGCUGCUUUGGACGUUGAGCUCAACACCCGCGUCGAUUUCAGCCAUUGA